UUGAAACUACUCUUAGAAACUGAGGUUCAAAACCAUUUUAAGUAAUGACUGAUUGAUUCACUAUACUAUGUGUUAAGCUUCCCCAAGACGAUUCUGUUAAAGAACAUUUUGUGUAGAAAUAUCUUUUAAUACUUUAUUAUCCUCCUGAUUUGUAUCAAUAGCUCAUCCCUAUAUAUUUAAGACUUUUAAAAGUAUUUUUCUUAUGGAAACCUUCUGAAAUUAGACACAAAAUAAUUAUUUUAAAGUAACAGUUAUGUUAUAAAUUUGUUCCUCGUUUUCUUUCUUAUGGUAGAUGGUCCUUAUUUGUUGAGUAAGUGCUCAAGAUUUCAGUGAAUAUAGAACUUUAAAAGCUGGCAAAUAUUAGUAAACUUUCCUAAAAUAGAAAAAAAAUCUUUUAAUAUUAUAAAUAUAUGUCAUUUAUACCAAAGCUGCUUAAACUGUGGGUUGCAAUCCCAUAUGGGGUCAUAUAAUUAAGUGUGGGAAGUCAUGAAAUUAUGAUUUAUUGUCAGUAAAUGUUUGAUUUGUAUACCUGUUUUAUAUACCUAUAUCAGUGGGAUUCCGUAAAAAUUUCUCAGGCAAAAACGAGUCAUGAGUUAAAAAAAAUUUAAGAAGCCCUGAUUUAUACAGAUUCUUCUUUGCUUUCUUCCUUAGAGGCAGCUGGCCUGAGAGUUGAAAAAGCUUUGUUUUAAUUGUAGAUUCUGCCAAUCAAUCAGUCAGUCUUUAUUAUGAGCUCAUCAGGCAUUGUGUUAAACCCUAGACACAAACUGUAAUUAUUACAUCAGUUCCUUACUGUCUUUAACCUUUAGUUGUCUCAGCUGUAAAAAAGAAGGGUUUGUAGGAGAUAAUUUCUAAGGUACCUUUAAAAAUCUUAAUUAGACUGUAGAAAAGAGGUAUCAUUUUAGCUAUUUUAAUAUUCAGGCUUUUCAACAUUCAUAUGGGAAUAAAAAUCUAAAUAAGAUGAUUCUGAUAAGCAACAUACCAAUGAUUUUGCUCUGUGGAAAGCAGCUAAACCUCAGGAAAUUUCUUGGGCCUCUCCUUGGGGAAAUGGAAGGCCUGGCUGGCACAUUGAAUGUUCUACAAUCUCAAGUUUAAUGUUUGGAAGCCAGUUGGAUAUCCAUACAGGUGGGAUCGAUUUAGCUUUUCCACAUCAUGAAAAUGAAAUUGCACAAUGUGAAGUAUAUCACCAGUGCAAGCAGUGGGGAAACUAUUUUCUACAUUCAGGGCAUUUACAUGUUAAAGGGAAAGUAAAAAUGUCAAAAUCAUUAAAAAACUACAUUACAAUUAAGGACUUUCUAAAGAAGUUUUCUCCAGAUGUUUUCCGGAUGUUCUGCAUGCUUAGCAAUUAUAGAUCAGCAAUAGAAUAUAGUGAUGACAUCAUGCAUGAAGCCAAACACCUCCUCCUUGGAAUAGCUUCUUUUGUAGAUGAUGCUAAUGCUUACAUGAAAGGACAGCUUGUGUGUGAACCCAUCAGGGAGGACUUACUCUGGGAAAGACUAACUAGUACCAAAGUAGCCAUCAAGGCUGCAUUUGCAGAUGACUUUGACACCCCUCGGGCUGUUGAUGCAAUUAUGGACCUCAUUCACCAUGGCAACAGACAGCUUAAAGCUGUUACUAAGGAAGAUAACUGCCCUAGAAGUCCUGCUGUAUAUGGUGCAAUAGUCUCCUAUAUUGAAAGUUUUUUGGACACAGUUGGAAUUUCUCUCUCAAGUAGACAGUUUAUUUCAGAAAAUAGGAGCUCAGCUACUCUGCAUAAUGUGAUUGAUGAACUAGUACAGUUUCGUUCCAAAGUCCGCCAGUACUCCCUGGUUGCAUCAGAAGGCACGGGGACUGUUCCAGUUGACCUGUCCAAAGAAGCCAAGAAACUACAGAGAGAGAAAAGGCAACAGUUGCUAUUAGAAAGGGAACCACUGCUCCAUGCUUGUGAUAACCUCCGGCAGAACCUUGCUGCCUAUGGAAUCAAUAUUAAGGAUCGGAACAAUAUUUCUACAUGGGAAUUGCUGGAACCAGGAACAGAGGAGCAAAAAACUGGGAAAUGAAAUGAAAUUGUAUUCUUUCCUGGACAUAAGAUUCAAUAUUUACUAUUGGAAAGGUCCAGCAAGGAACGCCCAGUGUGCUAAUACUCCAAGUGAGCCUGCUAGAAGGUCUCCUUGUCCACCGCACCUUCGACGGCUUCCUUCAUGACUACACACGAUCACUAAACAAAAGUAAAUGUGAAUAUAUGUGAAUUGUGUGUUUUCUUGUACAUUUUACAAAUAUGAAUCCUUGACAGUAAAGGAGGGAGAGCGAUAAGAAAAUAUGGAGUUGGUAGAAGCUGUUAUUUUAAAAAAUUAAAACAAUCCAAACUACAAAUGGAAGUUAUAUGCAAAAAAAAAAAAAAAAAAAAAAAAAAAAAAAGUCCUCAUCCUCCAAUAAUAUUAUCAGAAGUGGGGAAAAGGGAAUUAAAAAAUUAAAAUUUUAGAUAAAUUCAUUUCAUGGUCCCAAAUAUUCAGAAGGGAAAAAUUAUUUCAACUUGACUUACUUUUGAGAACCUCAUCAUUUUAUGUUAUGGGACCUAGGCUCUAGAAGAGAUUUGAAGUAGAAAGGGGAAAAAAAAAGCAAUAAAAUACCAAAGAAUUUUUUCUUUGCAGGUGUUAGGAAAACAAAUGUGCUUUAUAUAGACAUGAAAUUUAAGGGACACUUCUGAAGAUAAGAAAAAUCUAUUUUGAAAUACUUAGAAAUCCUUGGAGAUUUUAAUUUUGAUGUCAUCGGCUUCUUCAGGUUGUACAAAGUGAAAUUACACAGUUAAAAUAGCUACUGUCUGUUAUGAGGGUUCCAUGUUUUGUGAAGUGUUUCUAAAUAAAAGAAUUAAAAAUA